AUGACCCGAUACGGAGACCCAGCUACACGCCCGAGUCUAGAUCCCUCUCGCUAUAGCCUUGAAGAGGACGAACGACAAUUCUUUGCACUCCUUACAGGCAUAAACGACGAAGAGGAGCUGAAGAAGCAUAUAUUGGCUGUACAGGAAAAGGCUUAUCAAGUUUAUGGAUACCCUUGCAUUCGCCGAUUUUCGUUUGCAAAGCUCAAAAUUGCACGGCUCCCUGGAUAUCCAAAGGCCUUGAAACUUCUUGAGCAACGCAAGGAUCCUAUCCUUCUAGAUAUCGGUUGUUGUUUUGGUAAUGAUGCCAGAAAGGCUGUUGUGGAUGGGUGGCCAGCUGAGAAUGUCGUAGCGUCCGACCUUCGCCCAGAAUUCUGGAACUUCGGACAUGAGCUUUUCAAGUCCACUCCAAAAAGCUUCCCCGCUACAUUCAUCGCAGGAGAUGUUUUCUCCCCUGCCACACUCGACAUCUCAGACACUCAACCAUCGCCCAAUUCCAAUUCCACCACAGAGGUCAAGCAACCACCACCAAUCCAUCCACUCCGAGACCUCACCUCACUGACCCCGCUAAAGCACCGAUUGUCUGCCAUCCAUGCCUCCUCGUUCUUUCACCUCUUCCCGGAAGACAGCCAGCGCGAGCUUGCGCGCCGUCUUGCAUUCCUCCUGCUGCCCGAGAAAGUUGCGCGGCCUGAAAAGGGCUUCCGUUUUGAAACUGUACGCAAGGAUAAUGACGGAACCGCAGUUGCAUCUGAGAUCAGACUGCGCGCGAUGUUCUGCCACUCACCUGAGAGCUGGAAGAAGUUGUGGGAGGAAGAUAUUUUCGGUCCGCAUCAAGAUGUCAAAGUCAAAGUAGACGCGGAGCUACAGGAGGUUGAGCUCUGGGAUUACCGUGAUUUGGAACCCACAAUUUACCUGUUGAAUUGGUCCAUAGAGGUGGUUUGA